GUCUGAAUGCAGAGCAAAGUCAAGAAUUAAGGGUGGAGAAAUGCCUGGAGUGAGGAUUUAGAAGCAGUUAAGGUUGUGGUCUGUCUAAUUGUCAGUGGCGAGGGGGAGUUCCACAGACUUGGAGCUCUGAUUGAAAAGGUCCGGUCAUUAGAAUGAGCUCUUAAUAUUUACAUAUCUACAGGCCGCCAUGUUGCUACAGCGGCUCUAGUGUCGGCCUGCCUUUAAGCCACAUUUUUGGUGCUUUGGUUUCUUCACUGCAUGCAGAGGCUUGUGGAGGAUCCAGUGCUGUAGUGUUCCCUUUUCACUCUUUAACCACGCAGCCACACUCAUAUCAGUGUUUCCCCGAAUCUGUUGGGUUUUUCACUCGUUUGCAUGUAACACAAACACAAUCAUUGCACAUGCAGUCUGCGCCUGACGCACCGAAAACCUCUACGUGAUGCACGGAGCUACAAACACCUUCACCGCUGUCUCAUGUGGGUGAACUCAUCCUCAUGAAUUACUUAGCACCAAACUCACAUAAGAACCACCUGCAUCCUGUUCUAGUAGGGUUUCUUGUUUCUAGGUCAAAUGAGCUCAUACUACUGCAAGAGCAGCGUGGAGGAUCAGAGAGAAGCACCUGUUCAGAGACAGAAAGUGUCCGAGCUCUCCUUUCAGUUGUCUCAGGUGAUGUUUUUUUUUUUAAAGCUUUAUUUUGCAGAGAGAAGGCACUGCAAGAGAGACAGGUCUUCCUGCUCUGGACUGUGAAUGUGACGUGACGACAUGGGUAUGUCAGGUGGAGUAAGGAAGUAGUGAUGCUUUAAAGUGCUCUGUCACACCCACAGCAUGAGUGAAAGUCAGCAAGUCAGAGUAUCUGAUCAUUCUUUCACAUCAGGAGAAUGAGUGACUUCGACCUGGCUGAUGCUUUGGAUGGCUCCUCAAGGGGAACGUUGAUGCUUUCGAGAGGAGCGGCUCGGCUUGUGACCUCGUCUCGAGAGCUGUUCUCUGUUUGUUGGUCCAAGCUGCAGGAGGCUCUAAGCUCCUUUUGGACCAGUGUGCGAGGACAAAUCCCCUUCAGACAUCUGUUCGUGGAUGACAAGGUUCCUGGAACCGACUGCUGUAACGGGACGAAGGAUGACCAGAAAGACACCAUCAGACUCAGGGAGGGUCUGGACCUGGUGGUUUCCCGCGAUCCUAAAUCCCUCCAGUGUACCGCGACCCUGCUGGCAGUGGCCAGGAUGAAAAGGCCUCUGUACCGCAACGGCAGGGCGCUCAGUGGGAGCGAGCGCUGCAGCUCCAUCUUGCAGAGCGUGGUGGAGGAAACUAUCCUGAAGACGACUGCAAACUUCACAAAGUUUCAAACCUUCAUGAGAGCUGACAGCGCUCCUCAGUUGUUGGCUCUGUGUGACCUGGAGCAGAAAAGCUUCGUCCUGGAUAAUGAGAUGAUGAAACUGCUGUCCGUCACUCUGAGAGGAGGACACGAAGACUGCAAAGUGUAUAUUCAUAUGAAGCGGUAUGAAACAGUGACUGCACAGAGCGGUCUGCCUGUCCUGCUGUCAAUCAACAAAUACAACCUCUCCUGCUCCAUGGAUGGAGUGGAAGCCAAGUUGAUUCUGGAGCCGUGUCCUCAGCAGGACCUGAGUAAUAUCAGCCAGGGUGCAGGCAUGGACCGCUUCCUGUUCUGGAAGAAGAUCGGACAAGAAGGACCAAACCUGAGCACGUACGAGUCCAUCAGUUGCCCCGGUUGGUUCAUCAGCACCUCGAGUGAGGUGGAAAACGAGCCUGUGGCGAUGUGCAAAGUGGACUGUACACGUAACAAGAGCUUCUUAGCGCUUCCGAAGGACUGAAAUAAAACGUUGAUGUUGAUUUAAUAUGCUCCAAAUAACCAGAAUGAUGCUUCCUGCAUUUCUACUUUAUCCUCCUUCACCAGCAGAUGGCGCUGUCUGAGCCUGAGUCUUUGAGCCCUAGUGAUGCAGUCUGUCUGUCUGUCGGGCACCAAAGCUAGUUUGUCUUUAUAUAAUUUUAUAUUUGUGUUCUUUAGAGAAAGCUGUAACGGGAUACUCCUAGAAAAUACUGUUUUUUAAAAAAAUGUCUGAAUUAAACAUUUUAAAAUACA